AUGGAGAUGGACUUGCUGCUGGCCUGUAAAGAGGCUGGCUUUGAAGAAAGCACAAUUCUUUUGGCAGAACACAUUUUCAAGCAAAGGCAAACCCCGGAGACCUUUUUCAUCCUUUUGACGUCGCUUGUUUCCACGUCAAACUACGAAGCAGUUAAGUGGCUUAUCCACAGACGGAAAGAGUUUCUUGAAUAUGCAGACGUGCAGAGGCUGUACAUAGAGACCAUGAAGCGGCUUGGGGAGCUUUCGGAGAUAGACCAGUUCCAAAUAUCGUGCAAAAAGAUAGAGAGAACGUACGAGGGCGUGUGCAGGCCCAUAAAAAGCGAGUCUCUGAACAGCUACUACCAAGCGCUUGUCCAAAGGGGCAGCGAGCAGAAGAGAAGAGAGUGCGUGGAGGCGUCUCUUGAGCACGACGAGCGAAAUCUGGAGGCCUACAUUUACGUGGGCAUGAACAAGUCGCUGAGCGAGCUGCCAGAGUACAUUCGGCGGAUAAAGAGCCCGCAGGUCCAGGCGCUCUUCCAGCAGAUUCUAAUGGAGUGCGCGGGCGGCUUCUCCCUGUUCACCCGGUCCUUCCACACGCCCUUCUCCUGCUGCAGGAUUGCAAAGCGGCUGUUCAACGAGGGGCAAACCAGCGAGAUUUUCCAGGUGGCGCAGUACAUGGCGUCUGUGUACCCAACGCACUACUUCACCUAUGUGGCUGCAGGGAUGUACUAUAUCAUGAUCAAAAAGCACUCUGACGCAAAAAGGUCGCUGUUCAAGGCCCUGCAGCUGAACAACUUGUUUGGAAUGGGCUGGAUCCUUCUGGGGUACUGCCAGGCCUUCCUGUGCGAGGGCACCAACGCCAUAGCCUGCUACGAAAAGGCGGAGGUUCUGCUGGAAGAGAGCCACAUCCCUUCCCUGGGCAUUGCUCUGGAGUACCACAGAAUGAGGAGCUACAAGAAGGCAGAGAUGAAGUAUCUCGAGAUACAGAAAAAGUACGGGCUGCAGUUUUGCUUCAACCCCUAUGUGUCCCUUCUGGUGGCCCAGGAGCGGCACACCGAGGCGCUUGCUUUUGUCCAGAAGGAGGAGUGCUCGGGCGAAAAAGCCCUUCUCAAAAGCAUCUGCUAUCUAUUUAAAGACAACACCGCGCUUGCUGAAAAGGCUCUAUGCGAUGUAAAUAUCUCGUACCACAGCAAAACCCGAAGCAAGUACUACCUUCUGCUGGGCUUCAUCCAGCACACAAAGAAGAAGUACUGCAAGGCGAUUGAGCUGUACCAAAAGGCGAUUCUCGACCCCUCGAGGCCUGCCGGCAGCCUGGUCAACGACCUUUUGGAGCUGGCUAUAAAAAACUCCCUCGAAGAGGACAGCAAAAAGCUGAUUUUGCAGUACAAAGAAGACGUGUUUGACUUUCUAGACCUGAAGUCCGACCUGCCGCUUGUCUUGUAA